CCUCACUUUGUUUGUGGCACAUAACUGCCUCUUUCAAAAAAGAUGGAUUAUGAAGAAGUGUAUUGCAUUCAGACAGCGUUCACAUCCGUUACUGAAGUAAAAGUCCUAAAAAAACAAAUUUAAAAAUAAAGGUUGUGCCUUCAAAAUUCUAUCCAACUAAAAGUCGGGAACGUGUACGAGCAAGUAAGUAAGUUCACAAAGCUCUGCAGUAAAAUAUCCCCAUAUGACUGAUAUGUUUGUAACUACCGAUGCAUCAGUAUGUGUAGGCAGCCUAUUACUAGUGUAGCUUGCAGUUUGGACAUUUAGUCCUGUGGUCCCGGAUUGGGCCGCUCCAAAGGGUCACAAUAUAAAUCAUGAGACAUGAUUAAUGCAGGAAAAUCCACAAAUCUGUAUUCUUUUUUUUUUUUAUGUUAUUAUAUCAGCAUUUUAGUUGCUUUACUUAAGAUGCAAAUGUAUUUAAAUGGGAUGAAGACAUGAAGAGGGCUUAGCUCCAGCACGUGUACACAAAACACUGCUGGUUCAGGCAGUGAAACACUGUAAAGAAAACCUAUAGAAGAAUGUUAAUCCAGAAAUGUUACAGAAUGAAGGUGGUCACCCAGCAGAGAUUAUCAAAGAAGGAGUACAAUCACUUCAUGCAGAUGCCAGAGUCACAAAGAGUCUUUGUUAGGGCCACAACAAAACCCCUGUUAUUCUGUGUUUCAACACGCACACAGAAUGACAUGGUACUAGCACUCGAGAGCUGGACCUUGCACUGCUGACUGAAACGCAGGAUGGAUUCUUUCUUUAACCUCUUUGACAAUGUCGGAUAAGAAGUAUUUUGGUAAUGCUGCAGCAAGCGAUGUGACGAUGCGAAGUCUGAGGUUGCUUAAAUUUUGAUUCAACAAAUAAUUUGCAAAAAAAGAGCAUUGAAGCUCGACUAUUUUCUAUAUCAUAGGCGAAAGAAAAACACACCGAUGGAGAUCGAGUCAAGCGUAAUGCCUCCAAAGGCCCCGAGGCUCACAGUAGAAGAAGAUGCACUGGCCUCCCAGGUACUGGAGAUCAUCGGUGGGAUCAGUCGUGAGGCCCUGCAGACCCUGGAGGAAUCUGAAGAAAGAGAUGUGUGGUCAAUGGAGGAGGGGGAUGACUCUGUCUUCUACAGUGACGAUGACCAAGCUCAUCAGGAAGCUAACACAUCGUGUGGUUUUGGUGCCAACAAGAGCAAGCCUCUUGUCAACAGUGUGGCAACUGAUGAGGAUGAUCCAUGGGAAGAAUCCAUUAUUGACGAAGAAAGUUUAGAGUUGGCGGAGGAAGUGACUCAGCACGUUAUUCUGACUGAUCAAGAAGAAGAACGGCAAGAAGUCAAAAUACUAAAAACUGAACCUAUGGAUCAGACAGAUCCUGCAGAUCCAGGAGCACAGUCUAAACUUACUCCAGAGAAGUCAUUGAGCACCUGUGGAGAACAUCUAAAGCGCACAAUUGCAGACAUGCAAACAGAGCAAAAUAUAUCAUCAGAAAAAGCCAAUCUACCAGUUGAGAAGGAAGAAGUGACACCAAACCUUGAACCCUCUGAUGUAACUAGUGAGGAGAGUAAUACAAGGCUGAAUGGGGAGGCAGACGUCCCGGAGCAGAUGUCUAAUGCUGAACUCCAGAUAUCAGGUGACAGGCAGCUUCAGGUGCAGCCAAAGCAGGAGCAAAACUUCCACGUCCCUGUGGGGUUUUAUCAAAACUCCAGUCCAGGCUACUCUACUCUGCCUCUGCCGAAGAAAUCCUAUGGCAGCGACGACCACCAGAAGUCCUUCAACCACCUCUCUUCCUCCAAAUACGGUACCGUGUCCUACCGCAAGAUCCGCAAAGGCAACACCCGGCAGAAAAUAGAGGAGUUCGAGUGCAUGAUCACGAAUUUGUAAGAAGAUGGUAUCAAUGUUUUUUUCUCAUGAAAAUUAAACCUGCUGGACAACAUAUACAUAACAAAGCUGAUUGCACAUCUUUACCAUGUGAUAGAGUUUACCUAUUUAUUUGUUCUAAAAUCUACUUGUACAUAGUACACGUAGUAACUCUUCAGGUCACACCAGAUUUACAAAUGUAGUGUGUAGUGCGAGUACUACUUAUAUCAGCUGUGUAGUAUCUGAUGGAGAGUAAUGCUGUACAACCAUCUCGUAAUGUACUUUAUGUUUUUCAUUUGAUGGUUUCAGGAUGAAAACAUCUUGUUAUGUAAGGCAGGUAUUUGAGCAGCUGAUUACACAGAAUAAGACGCUCAGGGCUUUAUAAUCUUACUAGCUAUAAUAACUAAGAUGUUGUUUGGUAUUAGAGCUUCAGUAUCUUAACCUCUAGUAUUAGGGUAAGUAUUUUCGAGUGAUUAACUAAACAUACAUACUUACAUGUUUUAGUAAUGGCUAGUGGAUAAAACACAAUAAAGAGAUAUCUUUAACAAAAUCUUUUUAUUUGUACUUUCUUAAGAAAAUGCAUUUCCAUCAGUAUGUGGUUAAAGGGUUUGAUAACAGGCCACACAAUCAUGAUAUCACAGGUUUAUUGCGUGUUUUGAACCAACACUUCCCUCUAGUGACAAGAAGAAAUUCAUACAAAUGGACAGUUUUCACAACAAAACCUGCACCGAAAUAAUGCGGCUUUUAAAGGUUCAAUGUUGUAGUAGUUUGGUAUAUGUAUUGUAUUCUGAUUUGUUCUUGAUGUUGUGUAUCGCAUUUGCUGUGGCUGAGGUCAGAACCUUUCACCAGAUAUCUCUGCAACACAUCACAUUGAGGUCUUUGACCUAACGCCAACACUGUAAUCUCUUCACAUUCUGUUGUUAACGUUAAUUGUUUUAAGUUUAAAUUCUGGCAUGUCUUACACAUUGAACCUUUAAAACCAUAGAAGCAUCUGUUUUAGCCAUGUGCCUCAUCAAACAUAAAAGUAUGCAACAUCUGAAAAAGAAGAUGUCUCGCUGAAAAUAUGCGAUACGUUUAAUACAAAUGUAUACAUUCUAUAUUACAUGCAAUCCCAGUCCCAGCAGAACAAACACAAGAUGAAAAUCUUUUUUAAAUUUUUUACAUCUGUUAAUUUUAAGAGGCACUGUUUAUGUUUGGCAGUGAAUUAUGUUGUGCUCAAUAUAGAGUGUUCUUCCAUAGACGUUCACCUGAAUCCCUUUAACAAACUCCGGUCCAAACCGUUCUGGAACAGAGAGAGGAUGCUCUCUUUCUUGUGGCACAUGUGUUUAAAACUCAAAGUCAGUCCAU